AUGACUAGUUGUGCGCCUGAAGCAUUGCUCUCGGCUACUGGUGCCAAGGCACCCACACCUAUAGAAGGGGCGGGCAACAUGCUAUGGCCUGAUGCCUACACCGCAGCUUUUGGGUUUAAUAGAUGCUGUGUGGUUUGCAUUUAUGCAUUGACGCUGCACAUAUUUUGCACCGAACAAGGCACAGUUUCGAAUUCUUCAUGGAACAGAGGAGUUGAGUUUAAAAAUACCACAAUCAUUGGGCGCUCGAGGCGUUUCAUAAUCUACGAUGGUGUUGGAGUAGUCAAAGUAAGUGUCCCUGAAGAUGAAGUGAAACGUGUAUUGGAUAAACAAAAAACCUCAUUGCAGCUGGUUCUGGGUGCUCAAAUUCCCAUUGUCCUGGCGGACAAGAUGCGCUCAUUGAGCGUCUUCUAUAAUUUGCAAAUGCAGUACUCCCCGCCGCCGGUUCCAUUGUAUUGGUGGAGUCUGUACAACACCUCAACAUUUGCAGCACGCAAACAACGUGCGGUUGAAAUGCUGCAGCAGAAGGACAACAGCAGGAUGUUGCUCUACAAAUACUUGGAGACUUAUUUUGACAGUUUGGCCAAUUCCAGUCAGGAAUGUUUGUUAAAGGCCAUUUGCGAAAUAACACGUGCUCCCCUCACUGAAGAGGACUAUGAUACAAACCAUGAAUAUACAAUUGACGACGAUAACGGCCGAAAUAUUUACCAUAGGCUAAUAAAUGCGAUUUUCACGCCACAUUUGACCAAUGUGGAUCAGUUAUAUCUGGUCGCCAAGGAGGCCGGCUUAAGGGGAGCAAACUGCCAGGAACUCUAUCCCAAAUGUCCCAUUGUUGAUGAAUUGUUGGAACGUUUCACAACAAAUUAG